CAUAUGCCAGAUCGAUUUUGGUUUGAUUUAUAAUUCAGACCAAUAUUCAGGUGUUCAUCCAGCAGUUAUUGCGUCGUUUUCGCUUCAAUGAACAAGCUUCCGGCGACUUAAAAUGGCAAGCCUUUUAGGAAUUGCAGUUUUAGUCGCUCUGUUUUCGACCGGAAGUCUUGAUUCGUUAGAUCUUGACAGUGACGGUCAUGAAGCGACCUUUAGCGACCUCCUAAACAGCAUGCUUCAAUCUGAUUGGCGCUCGCAGUUCCCGCAAUUCCCGCGCCCACCUGACACAGAAUGGAACCAUUUCCCUCAUAAUAAUGGGUAUCAGCCUUCUGGAAAUAAAGGCGGAAGUAGCGCUCCGGGGGCGCACCGCGUCCUCUGCGCCAGCAUGCCUUGGACGAAAGGGGUGUUUAUACUUCCCGGACUCGUUUGUGAGAUGAAUUGCUGUCAGCGGGGGGAACAUGUCGAAUGCUGUGAGGAAAAGGACGAGAAGCAUAGCGGUUUCAGCAAGUUGUCCAUUGUACUGUUGUCCGUGUUUGGCGGGCUGCUGUUUGUAGCGGUCGUCUGCGCAGCGUUUGCCUGUUACAAGUACAAGAUGUCUCAGAAGAGGAAGACCCGCCCCACACCGAACACACCCAUAUCGAUCCUGUCGACGAAUGUUAGCGCAAUAUCGUAUGGACCCAACUUUAACCACCUUCCCCGAAAAACGCAGAGGCAUGUCAAAUACGAGGUACCGGAACAAGAGGCGGUGCCAGAAGUGGAGGCCCCACCGACCUACUCCCAGCUCAUGCGCGAUGUGGCCUCCCCGCCACCACCCUACUCGGCGCAAGGCCACCCUGACCACGUCAUGGACGCACCACUCGGAACCCUUGAGAUUAAUUCAGCGCCGAUGAAUACGCGGUUUACCGGAAGUAGUUAAAGUACACGGUGCGCAUGUGCCUCACGUGGGGUGAUAUUACAGACAUUAAUGGAGCGUUUUGUACUUUUUAAUGAAAUGAUGUACAUACAAUAUUUAUACACACACAUUAUUUAAUUAUUUAUAAACACAUAAUAUUUUAUAAGUAUCCAGAAACAAUAUUUGCGAUAUGUUUGGUGAAACGCUAUACAGGUCCCGGUUGUAUAUCAUUUAGACAAUAGCCUACGUGUAUUUUAUUUAAAAAAAAUAAUAACUAUAAUUCUUAUUUGCAUGAUAUUUACAAUUUGAUAGUAUCUUUACACAUUUUUUUUUUCGAAAGUCUUCUCUUUUGAUUUCCAGCUCAAAUUACAGAAUCUGCGAUAAAGUCGCUGACGAUUUUCGCAAACUUUUUUAUCCUGCAUUGCACACAAACGAAUAUAAGAUAUGCCAUAAUAAAUCUAUAAAAAAGCGAUAUAUCUUUAUAUAAUUAUGAGAGUGAAAAAGUAUCUAUGUUAAUCGUAAGGUUUUUAAAAGUUCAUACAGAAUUCGAUAAAGCUAUCAUACAGUUUGUACGCAUACUGCUUGAAUUUACUAUGUGUUUUUUUCUUAUUUAAAUGCUCACAUGUAUUGAAUGGUUUCGUAUUUAACGUUAACCCUGAUAUGUAAAAUCAAAAUAUGUUGUCGUAAUGACUUUGUCUGUGAAUAUUAUACCAGUUGUUUUUACGUUCACUUUGAUAUGUAAAAUCUAUAUAUGUUGUCAGAAUGACUUUGUCAGUGAAUAUUAUAUCAGUUGUUUUCUUUAUAUUAUUCAUGCGCGAUCGUUUCAGAAAGUUGCUGGGCGACACCAAAAAAUGUUUUUAUCUUGUUGGUUUUUGGACUGUUUGAUCAUGCAAAUUUAUGUUGUUGCUGUUGUUUUGUUUUUUAAAUAAACCACUGCUGUCAAAA